GCCAGAUGGAUCAGUCUAUAUAAAUGCCCACUCUGGUAGGAACUGACUCUCAAAAACGCUCACAUCACUACCAGUCAACUAAGAGUUUAUUAAAGUAUACACAGAAAUGUAGCCAUGAGCUGGAGAGCACAAUAAGCUGUUCAAAGACCAGUGCGAUGGAAAACAAGAUCUACCACAGUGUGAUUUGUGGGGAUUUCGGACACGAAAUGUCUGCCAAAAUAUUCUACUGGGCUCGUCAGGGUAACACUGCUGUUCUGGAGAAAUACCCUGAACACCUGGGCAUCAGAGACCAGACUGGGGCCAGCCCACUGCACCAUGCCUCCGCAGAAGGGCAUGUGGGCACCAUACAAGUCAUAGUGCAGAUAGCAGGAACACAAGAGCUCAACUGCCGCGAUGAUGAGGGGAACACCCCGCUCCACUGGGCGGUGCAGAGGAAUCAGAAGGAGAGCCUGCUGUGUCUUCUUGAGAAGGGAGCAGACCCCAACCUCCUCAACCAAGGCCUGAUGUCCCCUCUGCACUUGGCGGUCAACCAAACAUACAACACCCUGGUCCAUUUGUUACUGUCCCACAGCGGCACUGACGCCAACCUGGAGGGAGAUCUGGGGAACACGCCUCUCAUGUUGGCCUGCUCGGUAAACAACCACAAAGCCCUGCAGAUACUGUUUAAACAUGGAGCCAAGCUGUGUCAACAAAACAAGCUGGGCCAUUAUCCCAUUCACGCUGCUGCCUUUGCUGGGGCCAAGCAAUCAAUGCAGGUGAUUCUCCAAGAGGGUGAUGCAACCGGCCAUUCCAUAGACUCCCACAUUAAUUAUGUGGACAAGUUCUACUGCAGCCCACUCCACCUGGCUGUCCGUGGAGGAAACCUGGAGGUCAUUAAGAUGUGUAUCGACCAUGGAGCUCGCAUAGACCAGCAACAGUGUGACAAGUCCACGGCGCUUCAUUUUGCCUGUAACCAAGGGGCCAUGGAGGCCGUCAAGCUCAUGCUGUCUUCCUAUGACAGGGUCUGUGAUGUCAUCAACAUCACUGACGGAGCCUCCCAAACACCUCUACACAAGGCAACAAUAUUUGACCACUUUGAAUUAGCUGAAUACCUGAUAUCUAAGGGGGCAGACAUUAACUUCAUUGACUGUAAGGGUCACACACCACUGCUCCUAGCAACAACCUGUGGGGCCUGGAAAACUGUGAACCUGCUCCUAACCCAUGGGGCCAAUCUGAAAAUAAAAGACAAAACUGGCUGUAGUUUUCUUCAUCUUGCCAUCUUGCAGCCCAAAGGUCUUAAAAACCUGUCUUCUGGGGUUCUUCAGCUGAGCAGUGUGAGGGAGCUGCUGGGAGCAGAGGACCACGAGGGGUGCACCCCCCUGCACUACGCCUGCAGGCUGGGCAUCCCCGACUCGGUCAACAACAUUCUGAACCUCAACGUCUCACUGGAACACAAGUCCAAACAGAAGAAGUCUGCCCUGCACUUUGCUGCCGAGUAUGGAAGGAUUAACACAUGCCACAGACUUCUGGACAACAUGGCCGACACCCGACUGCUUAACGAGGGGGAUGAGAAGGGGAUGACUCCCCUGCACAUGGCAUCCCGGAGCGGCCAUGUCAGAGUGGUGGAACUGCUGCUGAGGAGGGGGUCACUCUUUCAAAGCGACUACAAGGGCUGGACAUGUCUGCACUACGCGGCAGUCGAGGGCUACACCCAGACCAUGAGCACUCUUCUGACAUCUAACAGCAAACUGCUGGACAAGACUGAUGAUGAAGGGAACACAGCCCUCCACCUGACAUCCAGGGAGGGCCACACUGCAGCCGUGAUGUUGCUCCUGGAACGAGGAGCCAAAAUCACCCUCAACAAGACAGACAACAGCUUCCUGCACGAGGCCGUCUUCAGCGGGAGGAAGGAGACCAUGGACAGUGUCAUCAAGAGUGCCAGAGGUGCAGAAUCUCUGAUGGUGCACAAUGUUACUUCUGAGGACCCAAACAAAAGAUGUGUUGUCAUGGAUAUCAUCGAGUUCCUGCCAGAGUGUUUUAAGACUGUUUUAGACACCUGUAUAAAGGAGUCUGAAGAUGAUGUAAACAGCGUCAACUACUUUAUUGAAUACGACUUUAGAUGGCUUCAAGCUCCAAUCCAUGUCAUGAAGUUGGCAAGAAAAGACCAACAUUACACAUUCGAACCUCUUGCUGCCUUGAAUCACAUGGUCAAGUGUAAUCGUGUGGAGCUGUUGACCCAUCCUGUCUGCAAGAAGUAUUUAGAGAUGAAAUGGAAGGCUUAUGGGGUGAAGAUCCACCUUCUGAACCUGGGGGUGUACUCUCUGGGCCUGCUGCCGCUAACCCACCUCAUCAUCAACCUCAGGCCCGUCGUCACCCCCAUGACAAGCAGGAACAACACCUCCCUCAGUAUGGUCACCAACUCCUUUGACAAACAAUGUUACCUCAUCACAAUCUGCAUGUUUUCGGUUCUGGCCAUGAACCUGUAUGCAGUUGGUAAGGAGAUUGUGCAGAUAUUUCAACAGCGUUCCAGGUACUUCCAUGAUGCAACUAACCUGCUGGACUGGCUGGCUGCUUUGACCUCCCUGCUGUUUGUGGUUCCUCUGCUACUGGAUCAGAAGGACACCUGGCACUGGCAAGCAGGAGCCCUCGCUGUUCUGAUUUCCUGGUUGAACUUCCUUUUCUACCUGCAACGGUUUGAGCGCUUUGGUAUCUACGUCGUGAUGUUUCGAGAGAUCUCCAGGACCCUCCUCAGUAUCAUUUUGCUCUUCUCCUGUCUGAUGCUGGCCUUUGCACUCUCAUUUUAUGCCUUGAUGAUUGAUCAGAAUCCGGUCAAAAAGUUACAGUUGUCGGUGAUGCAAACAUUUGUCAUGAUGGUUGGAGAGAUUAACUACCAGGAGAACAUUCUGAAGCCGUACCUGGCGGGUCGUCUGCCCUUCCCCUCCCUCACCUUCGCCAUCUUCAUCUGGUUUGUCCUGCUUGUGCCCAUCCUGCUGAUGAACCUGCUGAUCGGUUUGGCUGUUGGAGACAUUGCAGCGGUCCAGAACAAUGCUGUGCUUGAACAGAUUGGAAUGCAGAUUGAUCUCCAUACCAGUCUGGAAGAGAAGCUGCCCUACUGGUUCAUGAAGAGAGUUGACCAGGAUUCCAUCAUCGAGUACCCCAACAAAGCCUGCCACGGAAAGAAAAGGAUCUUUUGUUUCAGGAAUUCUAGAGGAACCGUACAUACUCGUUUCAAGCCUGGCACCAAUCAAGCCCUGCCACUGGAAGAGGAAAUAAACAAACAGAAGUACAGGCUGAAGGAGAUCUCGAGCGUGAUGGAAAAGCAGCAUCACCUACUGAAGCUCAUCAUCCAGAAAAUGGAGAUCAGCUCAGAGGCCGAGGAGCACGACGGACCUCAGCUGUUCCAGGGUUACCGUAACCGGGCCAGGAACAGGCUAGGGCUGCAACUUUCCAGCAGCUCAAGCCGUUGGGACCCAGUGCUACAGGCCAUAGCCGCCAGAGAGUCACCUCUAUGUGGGGGAGGGAGUUAG